CGGCAAGCGGGAGUUCCUGAGGGGCUCCCCCCCCCCCCCCCCAACCUCGGUCAAUCGCUGCUAGUCUACAGAGCUCCAACCUUUUCCCGCCCGAGGAACUGCUGCCGCCAGGACCUCCCUCUGCCCUCUUUCCCCGUCUCCCCCGUUCCCUUCCUCCCCGGGAUGAACAUGGCGUCCGCCCUGGAGCAGUUCGUGAACAGCGUCCGGCAGCUCUCCGCUCAAGGGCAAAUGACUCAACUUUGUGAAUUGAUAAACAAAAGUGGAGAACUUCUAGCAAAAAAUUUAUCUCAUCUUGAUACAGUGCUUGGUGCUUUGGAUGUACAAGAGCAUUCCUUGGGUGUCCUUGCAGUUCUGUUUGUGAAGUUUUCUAUGCCCAGUGUACCUGACUUCGAAACAUUAUUCUCACAGGUUCAGCUUUUUAUCAGCACUUGUAAUGGGGAACAUAUUAGAUAUGCAACAGACACUUUUGCUGGUCUUUGCCAUCAGUUAACAAAUGCUCUCGUGGAAAGAAAACAGCCCCUGCGAGGAAUUGGUAUCCUCAGACAAGCCAUAGACAAGAUGCAGAUGAAUACAAACCAGUUGACUUCAAUCCAUGCAGAUCUCUGCCAGCUUUGUUUGUUGGCAAAAUGCUUUAAGCCUGCCCUUCCCUAUCUGGAUGUGGAUAUGAUGGACAUUUGUAAGGAGAAUGGGGCUUAUGAUGCAAAGCACUUUUUAUGUUACUACUACUAUGGUGGAAUGAUCUACACGGGGCUAAAGAAUUUUGAAAGAGCACUCUAUUUUUAUGAGCAGGCUAUAACUACUCCUGCCAUGGCAGUCAGUCAUAUUAUGUUGGAAUCUUAUAAGAAAUAUAUUCUAGUUUCUUUGAUAUUACUGGGCAAAGUUCAACAACUGCCAAAAUACACUUCUCAGAUUGUUGGUAGAUUCAUUAAACCCCUUAGCAAUGCUUACCAUGAAUUAGCACAAGUUUAUUCAACCAAUAAUCCAUCAGAACUCCGAAAUCUGGUAAACAAACAUAGUGAAACUUUCACUAGAGAUAACAAUAUGGGGCUGGUUAAGCAGUGUUUGUCCUCUCUUUAUAAGAAGAACAUUCAAAGGCUAACAAAGACAUUUUUAACAUUGUCAUUACAAGAUAUGGCAAGUCGUGUACAAUUGUCAGGACCUCAGGAGGCAGAAAAAUAUGUCCUUCACAUGAUAGAAGAUGGUGAAAUUUUUGCAAGUAUUAAUCAAAAGGAUGGUAUGGUCAGUUUCCAUGAUAAUCCUGAAAAAUAUAACAAUCCAGCUAUGCUUCAUAACAUCGAUCAGGAGAUGCUGAAAUGUAUAGAGCUUGAUGAGCGACUCAAGGCCAUGGAUCAAGAAAUCACAGUGAAUCCUCAGUUUGUGCAAAAGAGUAUGGGCUCACAAGAAGAUGAUUCAGGAAGCAAACCAUCCAGUUAUUCUUGAAAUUUACAUUUUCUGUGCUUUAAACUGAAAGAACCACCACUUGACCAUUGGAAACUAUGAGAAUGGCAGAGAGGACUGAAACUGUUUUAUCUGGACAUUAAGAAAUUAAAUUUUGUUUUGACAUCUUCAGUCCUAUAUGCUUUCAAAAAUUUUCUCUCUGCAAAGAAAGGAAAAGAUCUCAAAACUUUUAAAGUCUCUUGUGAAUUUAUUUAUCUUCAGAUUAACAUCGUUAUUGCAUUAAAUAAUCUACCUUUUGUUUUAAA